AUGUUGUCCUCUGCGGUCGCUUUUGGCCGUCAACCUUUCUUCGGGGUGGAGCCAUCUGCUAGACACAUCUCCCCUUCUCAUGAAACAGCUAAGACGUCGGCUCAGGGCACUGUGAUUGUACCCAUAGAGGCGCUGUUGAAGCGCAUAACUGGUGCUUGCCAUGCGAACGACCAGCGAGGACCGGUGGCGUACGGUGCUGAUGUGAAGCCCAAUG